ACUGGUAGCAUUAACCGGAACUCGGAAGUAGAUGUAAAAAAUGCGCGCAAAGGAUCUUAUACUUUAAAAUUCUAAAUGUAAACAUAAACUUAUAAACAUUACAAGAAAGGUCUUCAAUACAUAAUGCCAAUACAGAUUCUAGAUCUAUUACUAUUAUAACUAUUAUUGAUCUAUAUUCAUAUAAUAUUAAAGAUCUAGAUUAUUAUCAAUAUCAUCUACUCUAGAUCUAGAUCUAUGGCUGCAACUAAAAGAGAAGAAUUGUUAGCUAGUGUUCAGAACAAAAACUCGACGUCGACGGGUUUUGUAAAAUUAAUCAAACAGCUUUCCCAUGAGGAAACACUUACAGACACAUUAGUAGAAUUGAAUAAACGUCAGCUGGAGGAUCUUUGGGAUGGCUCUCUUCGGAUUUGUAUGUCAACACUUAUGGGCAGUGACAGUGAGACCUACUAUGCUGAUCAUGUUAAUGAGAUUUGUGAACUGCUACACAGCAUCAUUGCAUUGGCUAAUGCCACCAUAAAUUCAAUGCUGGCAGCACAUGGAGAUAAAAAUGACCAAGCCAUCAUAAUGGUGCCUCAGUCUUUAACUGAGACUGCUAUACUGAUACAUGGGAUCUUUCCAACAUUGACCAUUGACCAGAAAGAUUUGAAAGACCAUAUCUCUCAGUUAUUUGAAAGUUGGUGGAUAAAUACCAUUGCAGGACGUGAAGAGUUAAUGGGAAACACAAUCUUUUAUUUGUUGACCAAAAGUAUACAACCAAAGUCAACACAAGCUGAUGUGAAUCGUGUGAAGGCUGUACAGAAUGUGUUAUCUGCCAUUGACCUAAAUAGCGAGAGUGCUGGAGCCUUGUGCCCAUUGUUGCUACAAUGUACCUACCAUCAUCAGUAUGUUACUACUCCAGCUGGAGUCAAUUUUUUAUCCUACCUGUUCACUCUUGAUGUUAAUUUAAUGAACAAGAUACAUUUAAGUAUCAGGAACCACUUGUUAAGUGUACCAAAAGCAUGGCAUACUCAGUAUGGAGAAAUUUAUUUCAAAGCUUGGCAGAAAUGUUCAGGAGAUAUUAGAGAAAACUUUGAGCAGAAUUGUAUCCAGGAUAUUAUGUUUCGAGCUGUUCAUGCAACUCGAGGUCAACGGAGCCAGGUUUUUAACUCAUUGUUUAAGAUUUUAAGCUACAUCCAUAAAGAAAAGACACAAAGAGGUGUUGAUGCUAUGUUGACAAAACUGUAUGAACCAAUCUUAUGGAGAUCUCUAAUGGUUGCUAAUAGCUACGUUAGGGCCAAUGCUGCUACUCUUAUGUUUGAUGUGUUCCCCUUAUAUGACCCAUUCCUUCAUAAUGAACAAAUUGAUAGCAUGUUACAGAAACAGUUUGAUCUGAUGCAGAGCCUGAUGUCUGAUCCUGUCCCAGAAGUCAGAUUGAUUACUGUGAAGGGAGUUGGACAUGUACUCAGCAUUUUUUGGGAACUUAUUCCUAGCCAGGUCAUCCAGUUUUUUGUGACUUCUUUAGUGCAGGAACAGAUCUAUGAUAUUUCAUCACCUGCUGUUCGAGAAGCUGUUUUAAAGGUAAUGAAUCAACUAUGUGACAAUCACUUAUCUAUACCCAUGCUGAAGACAGUUUUGCCAGAACUCAGUAAUUUUGUUCACGAUAACUCAGAAAAGGUUAGAAUCGCCAUGCUUGAUGUGCUCUUGAAGGUCAAAGGUCUACGAGCCAUUAAGUACUACCAUGUGGUCCCAGUGGAACACAUUUUAGCUAGGCUGGAAAUUGAUACUGCACCAGUCUGCGACAGAAUUAUGAACUUGAUCUACCACUCUUUUGUUUCCACUGAACAGCACCCAGCUGAGCAAGUCAAGAGGUGCAUUGCCCUGAUCAAGACAAACCGAGGAGCUGCCCGUCAAUUCUUUACAUACCUUCCCAAGUUCCUAAGCUUGGAAGACACAAUCAAAUAUAUCAUCAUGCUUUGCCGCUACAUGCUACACCUAUUGGAGCUCAUUGCUCCGAAUCUCUCCAAUGCUAGUGAUGGCAGCAUUAAUGAAUCUGAAAACAGUUUACAGGAAGUUGGCCAUUCUAAGAAGGAUAAAAAAGCUGCACCGUUAAAACGAACUCGCAAACAGAGAAAAAAAGACAGCGGAAAUGGGGGAGAGUCCAGUGCUCACACGGAGGAAGAGUUAAAUCAAAAUGAGGAUGACAGUGAGAACUCUGAGAGCCUGACCAACAUGUGCGGUAUGGUUGAAGCCAUUUACUUUAUGCUAACAACUAUUAUUGACAAACUAGGACAUCCUGAUAAUAAACCAAUGAAAGAAGGCUUACUCAAAAAGCUGAGCAUCACAGUGCGUAAAUUAAUGGCAGUUUCUCAGGGAACUGAGAUGGAUUCCGCACUGAUUGCACUAGCAGGACACCUCCCUGGAAAAGCCUUGCCUCUUAUUGGUCAGAAUUUGUUUAACAGAUUGAAGCAGGUAUGCAGACAAAAAGAAGCCAGCGACAUCACAGUCAUUGUUAAGGCCCUUGUUAUGUGGGGCAGAGCUGAAUCCAUCAUAGAACUGGUCAAAGAUUCUCUUGGAAAAAAGCUUUCCAAGCUAUCAUCCCCGGAGCCAACGCGGGAUCCCAAGGGCAUAACUAAGCCCAAAAAGAAAAGGGUAGGUUUCACUGCGGUGGAAGAAGAUGACAUCAAUAUUGAAUCAGCCCUGAACAUAGUAGUGAGGAUGGUCACGCUUGCUGAAUGCAGGGUGGUGCUGCUAACGAAGCAUAAAAAAGGUUUAGAGUCACUCCUCAACACCAUGGAACCUGUGUUGCAGCUGAUCAGAAAUUUUCUUAACAAUGACCAGGACCAAGCAGCUCAGAAGUCUGAUGUAAAUUUAUGGAUCAAAACAUUUGGUGUCUACACCAGGCUGGCUGUUUUUAUUUGUUUGCCCAACAAACAUGGGAAGGUAGAUGACAGCAACACUGUCAGCAGCUUAACAGAGCCUAUUGUUACUCUUGGGAACAUACUUAAUUGGACAGCACUGGCAGUGAUCCCGUUUGUAAAGUCAGACAACAAAGAGAAACAGGAAGCAUCUACUGAUAUCACAGUUCUUGCCCUGAAAGUAUGCUACGGCUUAGUGAUGGUGAACAUAUACAAUGAAGCCAUAUUGGAUAACCAAAUUCACAUUUGUCGGACAGUUCUUGAGAGCCAUUCUGCCUGCACUCAACUAAGCUUCCAGGCCUUAGUCUGUCUUCUUCAGCUUGUACAAAUAAGAAAACCCAAGUCAGAACUUUCUAGUGGUUCUGAAGUGUUCAAAGCUUUUGAAAAUAAUAUUUUUACGAGCUUAAAAUCAUUUUUGAAUGCCUACAUCUCUGGCCUUGGUGAUUCAGAAGUUGUUGGUGAGAAUGUCAUGGAGGACAAGCCUGGCUACCUGACAGAACUGAGUCCAGUGUUAGUGGAAAUUGUUCAUGAACUCACCAAACCUGGUAAAUCAUUACAAUUGGCAGAGAGAACACUUAACUCAGUUCUGCUGUGUUCCAUUGAAGAAAUUAAGAAUCAUUGCCAGAAAAAAGGAUUAUUAAAAGGCAAAACUUUAUCACCUUUGGCAAGCAUUUUUCUGAACUUUAUUGUAAAGAGAGAUUUACUUAGAAGGUUGUUUCUUCAGCAGCUGGAAAAAUACUUAGAUUUAACAAUCAACACUGACAUAUAUCUUUUGUGCAGCCUUGUGUCAAUUAUAACUUGGUUGAAAUCAGUGUCAGCAGAUAGCACAGAAGCUCUGACUAAAUCUAUAAGUAAGUUAGUUGCAGAGGCAACUGAUAACCAGGUUGAGGAGACUGUCUUCAGAGACUUGAAAAAACAGUUGGAAGAAAGAGUACAGGAGAUAAUUCCUCAAGCUUAAGCAGUCUAAUGAAUUCAAGGAAAUCAGUUCCUUUAAACAAGUCAAAUUACAUAUAUAACUAAUAUACAUGAGUCAAAGUAUAUACACUGAUAGAAUAAAAGUUGAAUGUAAAUACACUGCUACACAUGCAACACAUUGAUCUCCAUUACUCAGCACUGUUACCUGUGUUAUUAGUUUUUGUACUGUACUGUUCAGUUACUGCUAUAUAGAUCAAGGUAUCAAUAUAUAAUACAGCUCACUUCUCUUUUACCAUGUAGAAAAAAAUUGAUUUAUGGUAUUUCUAAAUUUACUCAAGAAAUAUGAAUUGAUGUUUUUGUCUUAGAAAUGCUUUUUUUUUAAAAAAAACAAUAGAGAAAAGGCUAUAGAUGAGGAAAUGAUUGAUAAUUUUUUGGUGUUUUGUAGAAAUAUAAGCAAGACAUAACAUUGACUUUACUAGUUAAGUUCUAUUGAUGUAGAAUUUUGGCCAAAUAAUGUUGAACAUUGAAAUUGUUAUAAACAUAUAUUAUGUUUGUUUUCAACCUUAGUUUUGUAAAUAAUGUUAUACAAUUAAACCAGUCGAACGAAUA